ACCCUGUGCAGCUGAGGGGCAACUCCACCCUGGGUGGGGCUACCAAGUUCUGCAGGCUGGGCUUGGCUGACUAGUUGCAGGAGCAAAGGAAGGAGAUUAUUCCAGGUAUUGGGGAGAAGACAGCUGAUUUGAAGGCUUUCCUGUGGCUUAGAAACUGGAGGUGUUGGCUGGAAGUGGAUCCUAAAACCUUCUUACUGCAGCAAGCUUGCAAAGGUUAUAAAUUGUGCUUUGGGAGCACCUGAAGCCAUGAGCAUCCCUCUGUGGACACCUGGCAGGAGCUGUGGGAGCUGAACUGGGGCACAGACUGGGAAGGGUUUGUGGAAGGCACUGUUCUCUACCUGUUAGUUUGUGCAACCUGCAGCUGCAUUUCCUCUCAGAUGGUGCUGGGUCAAAGAAGCAGCCUGUCUUUGCAGGACAAGCAGUACUGAGGUUCUGAGCAUCUCUACAUUUCAUCCAAUCUGCAAAAUGCAGGAAUCAAAAGGACAAAUUUGUUGUUCUCAGGAUCAAGAACAAAUAGAAAAACUUGUGGUUUUGGAAAUAAUAUGAAAAAUAAAAUCACCUGGAAUCCUGCAAGGAUUACUUAGUGGGCCACUGCCAUCCUCUCAGCAGGGGAGGAGCUCCUGGAGGCACCCGCUGAAGCAAGACGCCUCACAAACAAAAGUUCAAGAGAAUCCUCAUCAGCAUCUUCCUGAGCUGAAAACUCUGGAAUUUAAUCUGCUCGGCCAUACUUCAGACAGAUUCAUAACAGUGCAACUUGCAAUAGCAAAGAGGACAGAAGAUGGUCCCCAGCACCUCCCUUGGCUCUGCUGGGCUCUGUGCAUAGGCUCUGCCAUUCUUGCAGCCGUGCAUCACAGCUGCCUGCAGAUCACACCUGCCUGAUGAUUUCCACAGCAACUUGGGCACCCAAGGCAGGAAUAUGCGCUGAAUCUCAGGGACAAACCAAAUUAAUCUUUAAGGAUUAUCUCCCUGGUUCUUCUGACAUUCCUCAACAGAAUAUGCCUGUUGAACCAACAAGUCUCUGGAAGCAAACAUCACACACUCAUAAUUUGCCACCUGGUCUGGAGUACCUGAACCAGCAGCUGGACCAGAUAAUUAUCCAUCAGCAAGUGGAUCUUCUGGAAGCCAUACUUGGCACAGAGACCUGCAGCAAAUACGAGAUAAAAAACCCCUUGGGACAGAGAGUUUACUUUGCAGUGGAAGAGAACGGCUGCUUUGACCGCAGGCUGUGCUCGCCCAUCAGGGCCUUCACCAUCAGGAUUGCGGACAACGCGGGCCGCGAGGUGAUCCGGGUCAUCAGACCCCUGAGGUGCAGCAGCUGCUGCUUCCCCUGCUUCCUGCAGCAGCUAGAAGUUCAGUCCCCACCAGGCACAGUAGCUGGGUACGUUGUACAGAACUGGGACCCUUUUCUGCCAAAGUUUACUAUACAGAAUGAAAGCAAAGAAGAUGUUCUAAAAAUAGUUGGCCCAUAUGCAACCUGUGGCUGUUUUGAAGAUGUUGACUUUGAGGUAAAAGCUCUCAAUGAGAUGACAACAAUCGGCAAAAUUUCCAAGUAUUGGUCUGGAUUUGUCAACAACGUCUUCACCAACACCGCCAACUUUGGGAUCCAGGUCCCUGUAGAUCUUGACGUGAGGAUCAAGGCAGUCAUGAUUGGUGCUUGCUUCCUCAUUGACUUAAUGUUCUUUGAAAACUCUUUGGAUGGAUUAUAACAAGAUGACAGAAACAAUGAAAUAUGCAGAAUGUGUUUCAAAAUCGUUUGAGCUUUGGACAUGAUUUUGAACUGCAAAAAUCCUUGUUCCUUAUCGGAAAAGACAGGGAGCUAAUGAUGAUGUUUAUUAAAAUAUGUCUCAUGUAAAUAAUAA